CACUCCUCCGGGGAACUCUUGCUUCUGUCAGCUGCAUUCUCACAUUCCUGCACCUCUUCUGUACAAGACAGACAAAGAUGGGUCGUGCGUGGCUGUGGUUGGAGUCCAACAGAGAAUCUCCCAGUGACUCUGUGAAGAGUAGUGGCUGCCUGUCUCUCAGCAGCUCCUGGGACUCCAGCCUGGAGCUGGAGGUGGGGAGCUGGAGGAUGACUGAAGAGGCCGCUGUGGAGGAACAAGAGGAAAGCAGUCAAGAAGAAGAGGAUCGCAGGCUGGAGUCCAGGGAACCUCUGGUAUGGGAGGAUGGCAGAGAAGAGUUCCAGGAAGAGGCAGGGCAGUGUGAACAAGACAGUCUUCUGCAGUUCCUCUUGGAGGUGACCCACCUCAUGGAACCCCUCUGCAUUAGUGGCACAGACUCAGAACAGAAUCACUGGACUUUCUGUGGCUCUGGGCAGCAAGAGGAAAGGGAAGUCCUGAGCUUCAAGGAAGAAAUGGCAGGACCACUAGUCCCAAGAGAGGAGGAAAGGCAGCUGCAGCUCCUGAUAGAAGAGGCUGGGGAACUGCACAUCCCAGGAAGAGAGGUGCGGGAGGAGUGGGUACCACAGGUAUCAGGAGAGCUGCAGGUCCUGGGCUGGGAGGCUGGAGAAGCUGAGGAAGAACAGAUUCUAGGAGAGGAGACAGGAGAGCCCCAAGUUCCAGGAGGGGAGGAAGGAGAUUCAGGAGAGCAGAGAGAGCUGCAGUUUCCAGUGGAGAAUGGAAGAGAAAUGGAGGAGGAAGAGAAGAACAGGAAGCUGCUUCUGGAUGAGACUUCCUCGGACAUGAGUGCGUUGGAGGAGGUGCUCCCAGGCAGCGUGGAGGGUGAUGUUCUGGAGCAGCCUGCAGAACGUGCUCAGGGCGAGAGCCACUUGUUGGAGGAGGACAACGAUCUCUCCGCACAUGAUAACAGUGAUAGCUACAGUCCUUCUAGAGCAUCCCUGGUGGACUCCAGUCUCAUGAGCGCAGCCUCCUCACAGCUGGUGCCGCUCAGCUGCGCUAACUCACUGCGACAUUUGCUUUUCAAAAAGACGCUGCUGUCCAUCUGGAAGAUGAUAGCCAGCCACAGGUACUGUGGCCCAUUCCUGAAGCCGGUGUCAGACAAGCAGGCUCCUGGGUACAAGGAUGUGGUGAGAAGACCCAUGGAUUUAACCAACAUAAAGAGGCGCCUGUCCAAGGGCCAGAUCUGGACCACAGCCCAAUUCCAGCGGGACCUCAUGCUGAUGUUCCAGAAUGCAGUGAUGUAUAACAGCUCUGACCAUCACGUGCACCGCAUGGCUGUGGAGAUGCAGCGAGAUGUCCUGGAGCAGCUUCAGCUGCUGGGUGAGGCCCUCCUGUGCUCAGAGGAGAGGCUGGGCUUUGGGAGGAUGUAGGAAGACGGUCAGAUGAGGGGCCAGUUUUGGGGGGUAGUACCCUCCCCCAGCACUCUUCCAGACCCUGUUCCCCUGCCCUGCACUAGCAACCAUUUCUCACAGCCCAGGAAGAUGGAUUAAAAAAACUAAAUGCAAUUUCUAGAUUCCUGGGGCCUCCUCUGCCCUGGAAAGGACAUCCCCUUCCUUGGCUUGGGGUGGGGCCGAGCACACACUCCCUGAGCUGGAUGCCUCCUUCCUUGGCUGGGGUGGUGGUGAUGUUCCCAAGGGUUGGGGACCUUUCCCAGGCCAGUAAAGAAAGAUGGUGUCCCCAAAGAAAUGAGCUGUAUAGCCCUUGGUCCCUUUAAGAGUUCCUGUGAUGGGCGUCUGUACCUCUGUCCCUGAUUCAUUGUUUAGCACAGUGGAGAAUGAGGAAGGAAGGGUGUAUUGGAAGACUCUGUCAGUCUGCAUAGUUGAAAGGACAAUACCAAAAUUGGCAGAGGCAGAGCUAUGCAGACUGUUCGUGAAAUGCAGGCUCUGAGUAAGGUAAUUUAAGCCUUUGAAAGGUGGCUGUUAUGGCUCUUUGUUUCUACAAUGUAAUCCCUGUAAUGAGGACAUGAGGGGGAAAAACUACAAGGCCUUUAAAAAUCUCUUUAACCUGAGGUCACACACACUGAAGUGCCUUAAUCAUAAUCAUAUGGCUACUGCAUGAUGUCACCACAGGGCAGAGUUAAGGUUGUUUAAUGGUGCUUUUCCAUCCCUUAACACAUUUGGAUUUAAGUGUAAUCUAAACUUGAAUUUCCUGGGUUUGUAAUGUUUGGUUUGGGGAUCAUUACAACAGCUCUGUAAAUGUUUUUACCCUUCCAGCACCGGUAUGUGUGCUUGCUUUUAACUGCAUUUUUGGCUUGGAAUCUAAGUCCGCUUGUAAACAGGGUAAAGCCUCUGCUUUUAUUUCCAUUUUCUCUGCUUUUAAUAAAUCUUGUGUGUGUGAA